AUGCCAUCUCACCACACUACCAUCACUACCAUGCCAUCUCACCACACUACCAUCACUACCAUGCCAUCUAACCACACUACCAUCACUACCAUGCCAUCUCACCACACUACCAUCACUACCAUGCCAUCUCACCACACUACCAUCACUACCAUGCCAUCUCACCACACUACCAUCACUACCAUGCCAUCUCACCACACUACCAUCACUACCAUGCCAUCUAACCACACUACCAUCACUACCAUGCCAUCUCACCACACUACCAUCACUACCAUGCCAUCUCACAACACUACCAUCACUUACCAUGCCAUCUCACCACACUUCCAUCACUACCAUGCCAUCUCACUACAUACCAUCACUACCAUGCCCAUCUCACCACACUACCAUCACUACCAUGCCAUCUCACCACACUACCAUCACUACCAUGCCAUCUCACCACACUACCAUCACUACCAUGCCAUCUCACCACACAACCAUCACUACCAUGCCAUCUCACCACACUUCCAUCACUACCAUGCCAUCUAA